AUGUGUAUGUGGGAGUGCCAUGCUUCUGCAGGAAUGGGUCGGCUCAACCGGAGUGAUACCACGGCCUCACAGAAAACCAGCUUAAAUAACCAAAGAGUUGUGUUUCGCCGUCCACAGACUAGUCCUAAGAAGGACACGUGCGACAAGGAUGGCUUCAUUAAGGUAGAAAGGAGAAAAAAGAAGCCAACUUAUAGGAAUAAGUGCGGAACUGCACAAACUGGACCAAACAUCCUGCUACGUCCUGCAGUACCAACGACGCAUUUGUACGUGUCCCGUCUACAUCACACCACGACGGUGGAGCAGAUCGUGGAGUAUGUCCGAUCCAAGACCAACUGGACCUUGAGGGUGGCGAAGUUGGAGUAG